AAAAUACGUAAAUUAGACAAUAUAAUAUAUAACUUAUAAAUUCAAGUCAAUCCAGCACAUAAAAAUAGCCCAAAUUGUACAAAAUAAAAUUAAAUCUAUCCUCCGUACGUCUGUGUUAAAAGCCGAGCAAAGCAGCGAAAUGACUGGGUCGUCGUUCAGUGUGAAGCUAAAAUCGAAAAAAGGUCAAUUCAUUGUCAAUGACUUGAACCAGAAUACGACGCUUGGGGAGCUGAAGACGAGAAUAGCCCAGGCGACGGCCAUACAGGAGCCGCAGCUGCACGUACUGGUCGGCUAUCCACCCAAACCAUUGGACCUCUCUGAAAAUCAGGAAAACCAGAACCUCAAGACUGUGGGCAUCAACAGCGGUGAGACCUUGAUUGUGGAGGAGAAGGCUGGUGCUGCUGCCCCUGCCCCUGCUACUGUCACUGCCACUGCCACUGCUACUACUAGUGGCAGUUCAACUCUGGAGGAUGACGAGGCGCUGGCGCGUCGUCUGCAGGCCGAAGAGGAUGCGGAGCAUCUGCGUCAGGUGUCGAGCGGUAGCGUCGAGACAAACGCUUUAAAUGUCGUCCAAGCACUGGAACCCGUGAUUCCACCCGAGGAGUCUGGGCCGAACGGCAACUUUAAUGGCAUUCUACUGAAAAAGGUGGUGCCGGCGGAUAAUUCAUGCCUCUUCACGAGCAUUCGCUUCGUCCUGAACGGCAAGGUGGACAACGAGGGCAGCGAAAUGAUGCGGCACAUCAUAGCGCAGGAGGUGUCCGCCGACACCACGCAGUACAGCGACGCCGUGCUGGGCAAGUCAAAUGCGGAAUACUGCGCCUGGAUACAGAAGGCCGACUCGUGGGGCGGUGCCAUUGAAGUCUCCAUACUCUCCAACUACUACGGCAUCGAGAUCGAUGUGGUGGACAUUCAGAAUGCCAUCAUCAACCGCUUUGGGGAGGACAAAAACUUUGGACUCCGCGUCUUCCUGCUCUUCGACGGCAUCCACUACGAUCCCUUGUACAUGGAGACGCUGCAGAACUCGGUUCCGGCCACCAUUUUUCCAGUGGAGGAGAUGGGCGUCUACCAGCAGGCCGAGCAAAUAGCCAACGAGGCCAAGUCCUCGCGACAGUUCACCAACGUGGACAAGUUCACGUUGCGCUGCAUGGACUGCGAUGUGAUGCUGGUGGGCCAGGUGCAGGCCCAGGAACACGCCAAGUCGACUGGACACACGAACUUUGGAGAGAUUUAAUACGUCCUGAUUUUCGGCACCAUUUAUAUUUUAGCCUUUAUUCUUUUUGCCUACUACCUACUCACUACCUAAUGAUCCAAACCGUACCGAUCCGACCUGAUCCGUGCCCCAAUGUGAGCCUAAGCCCUGGCGAUGGUGCUCCCCACUGCUUUUAGCUAAAUUUUACACCAUGUUUUAUUUCAUUCUUAAAUUAUUUAAAGUGCAAAAAUUAUAGUAUAUUUCUUUGUCCCCUCUUGGAUCGCAAUAAAAAUUCACAUUUAUUUAAACUA